GAACGACAACAAAACAAUGGAAUAUAAUGCAGCAGUUUUUUAAAAAGCAACUGCAGCUAUAUAUAAAAAAUUCCAUAUGUGAUAUCAUCUAAGCAACACUCCUCCAAUAUCAUGCAUGCAAAUUACCUGGGGAUCUGGUUAAAUGCAGAUUCUGAUUCUGUAAGUUCGGAAUGGGGUCUGAAAUUCUGCAUUUUCAACAGCUCUCUGCUGAUCCAUGGGCUAUGCUUCAAGUAAGAAAAUUCUCAAUAUACUUAGGGAUGCAUAAAAUGAUAAAACUAUUUUUCUUUUCAAACAAAAGGCAAAGAUAAACACUAAAUUCAGGACAACGGAUAUCUUUACCUCUGACUGGGACAGUGGUUGAAUAGGUCCUGGUGAUGCUUUCUUAAACUGGCUGUUGGGUCCACAAGUAUUCUUUGUAUCUCACAUGUUACAAAUAGUAUCGCCCGUAUAAAAUAUUGUAUCUUUAAAAAAAACAAUGAAAAGCGUACAAAAAUAAAAUUAUAGGCAAAGAAGCUAGGUGGCGUCAAAGUCUUGGGUAAAUAAAGAAGUUACUCCUGUAGCGCUACACUAAACUAAAACAGAUACAAUUUGCAGAAAAAGUGUUGUCUGUUCACUAAAUACUCCAGAAAUCCAACCUGCCAGGCUAAUUCUUUUCAGCCCGGAUUAAAGAGUAAGGAUUUGUACUAUCCAAGUUUUUCAAAUUUAGUGGAUUUUAUGAAUCACCUGGCAUUCUUGUUAACAAUACAGAUUUCCAAGUGACUCCAGUGUAGAUCCUGAUUCUGGGUGUGCAGGAAGUAGCCUGGGAAUCAGUACUGAAUUCAAGCCCCAAUUGGUAGGGUGAAAAAGCUCCGCCCGCCUCGUAAUGGAUUUGCGGUUAGUAGGCUGUGGGGGAUACUCGAUCAGCCCCUGUCGGCUCCAAGAAGCCCCCACACGGUGGGAGGACAGCCCCCCGCCCCCAGCCACAGUUAGCACAGUAAAUCCAUAUUAGCGCGGCGGUCACCCCUCUUUCAAGGAGCUAUCCUCUUUGGCUCUUCUGGAAGCUCUCCAGAGAGGCCCUGAAUGACAGAAACCUGAACAAGAGGAAAUAAUUACAGCACUAGGUAAUUAAUUCUCAGCAACUUAAAACCUCGCAGACUCGCCUCGGAGGCCGCCUCUCCCACCAACGGCCUUUCCGGGCGUUUCUUCCCUCCGCCUCCCUCAGAAAACGCGGAGAAGAAACGCGAGAUACGAACACGGGGCGUGGCCUCAUCCUGACCAAUGGAAAUGGGAGGCCUGGCCCUGAGUCUUCCUUUCAUUGGCGCAGGAUCCCCAAGGCGAGGAGGAAGCCGCGCGGCAGCCUGAAUGCGCGCGGAGCCUCCGGACCGGCAGCGUUUGAGCCGCCAUCAUGGUGCGGAAGCUUAAGUUUCACGAGCAGAAGCUGCUGAAGCAGGUGGACUUCCUGAACUGGGAGGUCACAGACCACAACCUGCAUGAGCUACGCGUGUUGCGGCGUUAUCGGCUGCAGCGGCGCGAGGACUAUACGCGCUACAACCAGCUGAGCCGUGCUGUGCGCGAGCUGGCCCGGCGCCUGCGCGAUCUGCCGGAGCGUGACCCGUUUCGCGUGCGCUCCUCGGCCGCGCUGCUGGAUAAGCUGUAUGCGCUCGGCCUAGUGCCCACGCGGGGGUCGCUGGAGCUCUGCGAUUUCGUCACGGCCUCGUCCUUUUGCCGCCGCCGCCUGCCCACGGUGCUGCUUAAGCUGCGCAUGGCUCAGCACCUCCAGGCCGCUGUGGCAUUCGUGGAGCAGGGCCACGUGCGCGUGGGCCCCGACGUGGUCACAGACCCCGCCUUCCUUGUCACGCGAAGCAUGGAGGACUUUGUCACCUGGGUUGACUCGUCCAAGAUCAAGCGGCACGUGCUGGAGUACAAUGAGGAGCGUGACGACUUCGAUUUGGACGCCUAGCGGAUGUCCCCUCGCCAGGACUGCAUUUUGUAGAUAGGGAAGCUGAGACACAAGCUUCAGAUUCUGUGAAGGCGCGUCUCCGCAAGAGUGUAUCAGCCAGUCGUCGGUUCUUAAGAACUUGCCUCCUCAGCUACAGGCCACGCGCGGAGCCAAAGGGUACGCCCUUUUCCACGAAAUUUUCUUAGCUCUUGGACAAUUGGUAAUUCAGUGACUGCCGUAAGAAACAAUAGGAAGCGGUUUUGUGCUGCACUGGGGAAUUGUUAUGUUCUUGUACCUGAAACAUUGCGGUGUGAAUGCAAGGACUUGGGAUGGGGGAGGGCCUACCCUCGCCCCCAGCUUUCCUUUCGUUUCUUUGUAACAGGAAGUGUGGUUUAAUUUAUUUAACUCGAAUCCUUGCUCUUGUUCCUGAUUAAACUAUAUAGAUGUUGUAGAGGUUGGUCUCAAGUUUUCAUAAAAUGGAUAAGAUUUUAGUGUUCAAGGUUCUUUCUCUUGUUUAAAGGAAUGCUCUCCUAAUGCCAAUAAAUGACCUACCUGCUUUUUAAGUGCAAA